AUGGCAAUACAUGGCACGACAAGCUGGCGACGGUGGCUGGAAGCCAUUGCCACGGUGCUAGCUCUGGCCACGCUAGCAGCUGCUGUUGCCGCCGGAAAGCAACAAGACACGACCUCCAAGGCUGAGAAAGGCAGCGCCACCGUUGUCUCGAGAGUCUCGAGGAUUGCCACCUCGGCAGCGGCAGCGCCGGCGUCGCUCCUGAACGUCACGGACCUCUGCUCGUCGACGCCGUACCCGGGAGCGUGCAGGACGGCGAUGUCGUCGUCCGCGUCGCGGUCUGCCAAGGAUCCGUUCGCGGCCUCCGUGCAGUUCGCCAUGGCCCGGGCCGCGUCCGCGCGUGCGCUGGCGCGCAACCUCUCGUCGGCGUCGUCCGGGCGCCGGCGCGGCGCGCUGCCGCCCUCGGGAAUGGACGACUGCGCCGAGCUGCUGGACAUCAGCCACGUCCAGCUCGGCGACGCGCUCGCCGCCGGGUCCGCGCACGACGCGACGACGUGGCUCAGCGCCGCGCUGACGAACCAGGGCACCUGCGGCGACAGCCUCGCCGCCGUGCCAGCCACAACGGGGCGCGAGGGCGUGCGCAGGCGGGUCGGCGCGCUCUCGGAGUACAUCGGCACGGCGCUGGCUCUGCACGCCAAGUUCAAGGGCGGGAGCGGAACGACACCUCCACCGCCACCGUCCGCCGCGUCCACGCCAUCAUCGUCGCCGCCGAACCGGAGGUUCUCGCCGCCUAACCGGAGGUUCCCGUCAUGGGUCUCCGACCACGACAGGAAGCUCCUGGAGUCCACAGUUGGUGGCUUGACGCCGGACGCCGUGGUGGCGCUGGAUGGCAGCGGUACGCACGGGAGCAUCGGCGAGGCGAUCACCGCGGUGACGGCGGCAUUGCCGCCGGUGGGUUCCUCCGAGGCGGCUGUCGGAGCAGGGAGGAAGGUGAUUUACGUGAAGGCGGGUCGGUACGAGGAGAGCGUGCGCAUCUCGAGCAAGCAGAAGGACGUGAUGCUGAUGGGUGACGGCAAGGGGAAGACGAUCAUCGUCGGCCACAGGAGCGUGGCCGACGGGUACACCACGUACGACUCCGCCACCGUCGCUGCCAUGGGUUCAGGCUUCAUAGCCAAGGGCCUGACUAUCAUCAACGACGCUGGCCCAAGCAAGGGCCAAGCCGUGGCACUGCGGGUUGGCGGCGACCUCUCUGUCGUUUACCAGUGCGACAUCGAGGCGUACCAGGACACGCUUUACGUGUACUCCAAUCGGCAGUUCUACUCAGAGGAUAGCAUCUCUGGCACAGUAGAUUUUAUUUUCGGCAACUCCGCGGUGGUAAUUCAGAACUGCGAUAUCCGUCCUAGAAAGCCCAACAGUAGUCAGAAGGACACAAUCACGGCCCAGGGACGGACGGACCCAAACCAAAACACGGGAAUUUCCAUCCACAAGUGUCGCAUCACAAGCACAUCUGACAUAGGCGACACGAAGGUGUAUCUAGGCCGUCCGUGGAAGAAGUACUCGCGGACGGUCGUGAUGGAGAGCUCUCUCGACCGUUCAAUCACCCCAUCCGGGUGGCUAGAGUGGUCAGGCCAGUUUGCGUUGAGCACCUUGUACUACGGGGAAUACGAUAAUACUGGCCCAGGUGCGGUAACAAGUGGGCGAGUGAAGUGGAGUGGGUUGCACACAUCCAUGUCCGCCGCAGAUGCAACACGAUUCACUGUGAGGAAUUUUAUUUUGGGGGACUCGUGGUUGGGCAACACUGGAGUCAGCUACACUUCGGGGUUAUGA